AUGCUAGAAUAUAAUUAAUGAUCAGUCUUAUUGCAGAUACCCCAAUGCCCCUGGGUUCCAUGGUGAUCAAUAGUGUUUCGAAGCUAUGCCGACUUGGGCGUUCCUCAAUGGACGCUCUGCCUAAUGCUCCAACUCUUCCUGAUAUGCAAGAUGACACGGAUGAGGAAGGUAAUGAAGACAAAUCAGAGAAGCCACACUUUGAUUCUUGCAGUCUUAUCUUUGAAUUAGACCCAUGCAAUGGGAAUGGGAACGUUCGUCUCGUUUAUAAGCACACUAAACCCGUUGUCUCCCCAGACGCAGAGAUAUGGUUCUUGGACAGAGCUCUAUAUUGGCAUUUCCUCACCAAAACCUUCACGGCCUACUACCGCCUGCUCAUCACCUACCUGGGGCUUCCACAGUGGCAAUAUGCCUUCACCAGCUAUGGGGUCAGCCCCCAGGCCAAGCAAUGGUUUAACAUGUAUAAACCCAUAACCGUCAACACAGCUCUCCUUUCUGAAGAAGCUGACGCCUUUGUGAACAAGCUGGACCCCAACAAAUUGUUUAAAAGCAAGAACAAAACUCCAGUGAUGAAAAAGAAACUGUCCUCCCAGCCGACAGGCUCCUAAAAGAGCCAUCCUGGCAUGACAUCCUCCAAGACUUCCUCACAACCUGGGAAUCCUUCAAGGAAGCGAGACCCACAGAUCUGACCCUGGAUGUCAUUUGCAAUAAGCU